AAUAGGAAGAUCCAUGCGGAGUUUGGGUUUCCUGUGGUACUAGACUAUCCUUCCCAGUCUCCCUGCAAUUUUAACACCACAGGAAGACCGGUUUGUUUAUGGGCUUGAACAGACUUGCCCAAAAUUUCACUUCAUGUAUUUUGCUUAUACAAGGAUUUUUUCUUGCCGAAUAAUAACUUUAACACGCAGAAUUACGAGAGUUCGUCUCGGCAUUAGAACUGUAUUCAACAUGACGGACGAAUCGAAACCGUUUGUUGUGGAAUACGCGUCUCAAGGAAGAGCUAAGUGUAAAACUUGUAAACAGCAGAUUGAAAAGAAGUCUGCGAGAAUAGGAAAACUGGUUACAAAUCCAUUCAGUGAGGAUGGAGGGUUGAUGAAACAGUGGUACCAUGUAAAAUGUAUAUUUGAGGCUCUGAGUAGGGCUAGAUCAACGACAAAGAAGAUCGAAAGUACGAGUGAGUUGGAUGGGUUUGAAGACAUGAAUGAUGACGACAGGAAUAUGAUUGAAGGAUUUAUUAAAGAUGGUAAGAGCAAGGUCUCUUCUGCCACAAAAAGUCCUGCUAAGAGAGUUCAAGCAACUCUUAACUUCAGUCCUACGAAGGGAUCAACAGCAAUACGGACACUUACUACUGAUGCUGCUGGUAGAUCAAGAUCUGAUGAUGAAUCAUCCACAGGCAAGCAUGGUCUAAGUAAGGAUGACACAUUUCGUGAGUUCAGACGUCUUUGUACCAUGCUGGCAGGAGAGCCAAGCUAUAAUGCCAAAACAAAGAUCAUUGCUGAUUUCUUAAGCGCAGGAGCAUCUGGAGAUGGUUACACUGGAGAUCUGUUUCUGUUAGCCAAGCUGUUGUUACCAGGAGUUAACAAGAGAGUCUAUAAUUUACAAAGCAAGCAGCUUAUUAAGCUUUUUAGCCAGAUUCUUGGGAGUGAUCAAGAUGAAAUGUUAACUGACUUAGAGAAGGGGGAUGUAGCUGAGACAAUAAGUGAUUUCUUUGAGCAGAGCCUUGCUUGUAAACCUGUAAAUAAAAGUACCCUUAGUAAUCAAGAGGUUGAUGAAUUCCUGGAUAAUCUCACAACUUUUAGCAAAGAAGAUGACCAGAUGAGAGAGUUAAGAAAGAUAACCAGAAAGUGUACAGUGAAUGACCUGAAGUACAUAAUCCGGCUGAUCAAGCAUGACCUUAGAAUGAACACUGGUGCCAAACAUGUCUUAGAAGCCAUUGACCCAGAUGCAUAUAAGGCCUUCCAGGCAUCAAAUGAUUUGAAAGAUGUGAUCAAGAGAUGUUUGGACAAAAGAUCUGGGGAUGGUCAUCAUGGAGUACCAUCCAUGAAGAAGAAACUUAGCAUUCGUGCCUCUGUGAUGACACCCAUCAAACCUAUGCUGGCUGAAGCUUGCAAGUCAUUUUCUCAAGCAAUCAAGAAGAGCCCAGGAGGAAUGUAUGCUGAAAUCAAGUAUGAUGGAGAGAGAGUUCAGGUCCAUAAGAGUGGUAAUGAGUUUGAAUUCUUCAGUCGUAACCUGAAGCCAGUCACUCCUCACAAGGUGGCAGACAUAAAGGACUUUCUUCCCAAGUCUUGUCCUCAUGGAAAUAAUUUGAUUCUUGACAGUGAGGUUCUCCUUGUUGAUAACAAAACUGGCAAGCCCCUUCCUUUUGGAACUCUUGGGAUUCACAAGAAAUCAGCUUUCAAAGAUGCAAGUGUAUGUCUUUUUAUAUUCGAUUGUAUUCAGUUCAAUGAUGAAAAUCUUAUGAAAAAGACCAUGCAAGAAAGACGUCAGAUUCUGGAAAAGAAUGUCACUCCUAUCCCAAACAGAAUCAUGCUCUCUGAAACUACUUUUGUAAAGACUGAGAAGGAGUUGUCCAAACUGAUGGCCAGAGCUAUGAGAGAAGGGCUUGAAGGUCUUGUUCUCAAGGACCUCAAGGGAUUUUACGAACCUGGGAAACGGCACUGGUUAAAGAUGAAGAAGGAUUACUUAGAAGAAGGUGCCAUGGCAGAUACCGCUGACCUGGUUGUUCUAGGCGCGUACUAUGGCACAGGAAACAAAGGUGGGCUCAUGUCAAUAUUCCUGAUGGGAGUAUACAACCCUCGCACCAAGAUGUGGUGUACGGUAGUCAAAUGUGGCAAUGGCCAUGAUGAUAAAGCAAUCGAGAGGUUGAAUAGAGAACUAAAGAUGAAAAAAAUAAGCAAGGACCCUAACAGAGUUCCAACUUGGCUUGAUAUACACAGAAGCAUCAUUCCUGACUUUGUUGUAGAUGACCCCAAGAAAGCACCAGUAUGGGAAAUAACAGGAGCAGAAUUCAGUAAGUCAACGAAACAUACAGCUAAUGGAAUAUCAAUACGAUUCCCGAGGGUGACUCGAGUAAGGGACGACAAGGAUUGGGAGACGGCUACUGACCUCGACCAUUUAGCGACGCUGUUCAAAAACUCCCKCGGAUUCACGGACACAUCCAAAAUCAUGGAAGAUGACAAGGAAGACAGCGACGAAGAAACUGCUUCAACAAGUAAAGAUGUAAAUAUGGAUGACGACGAAGAUGACAAGGCCAAGAGCCUUGGAAAAGGGAAAAGGAAAGCUGAUUUGAAUAAUGACGAGGAAAUCGUGAAAAAAAAACAAAUAUGCAAAUAUGGAUCCAGUUGUUACCAGACAAAUCCUGAGCACCUGAAAAAAUAUUUUCAUUCUGUGGCAAAGACUGCAGAGCCUGGUGAUCAAACAGGAAAUUCCUCAAAGGGGUUACYAUCUGUGUUCAGUGGAUUACAGAUUUUCGUGAACGACGAUAUGAAGAACGCUAAGAAAUUAAAACGCUACAUCAUUGCAUAUGAUGGAGACGUUGUUUCAGAAAUAAAUAAGGAAACGGCUACUCAUAUAGUGACUAACAAAAAGGAAGCAUCUGGUAAUGGUGCCGUUGCUGUUUCAGCUAACUGGGUGUGGGCAUGUAUAAAGGACGAAAAACUUGUUCCUGUCAAGAAAUACCAACUCUAGUCGUUUGCAUACUGGGCUUUCCAUGGUCAGCUGUAAUAAUAAUAUAAAAAGAAAGGCCACACAAGCACUGGGACCGCGAUUCGAGAUAUAAUAUGUAUUUUUUUUCCAAAAUAAGCCCUUGAUAAGCUGUCUAUAAAUAAUAUACCUGACAUAAACAAAUCAUCUCCCCUCCCUAAUACAGCACAUAUUAAAAUGAAAUUGGGAGGGAGGCGGGGUAUAGGCACUCUCGGACCUCCUCAAUCUCGUAUCCAGAGCCUUCAUUUCUUACUUCACAUGCUCGGCAAAAUAAAGUAAGGGUACGAGAUUCUUGGAGCUUCUCUGAACACGCCCCUGCAACRUAAAAUACGUCAUUUGAUCAAUUUAUGACUGUUUACCCAAGACUUACAUUGCAACAAAUAUGAAUUAUUAUUUGACACGA